CUCCAUAGGGUUGGCAAGUCGUAGUAGCCGCAACAAAAACAAUUUAGCUUGCAGAACUUCCGUAUUCGAUACGCAACGACACGAUCCACCUCGAACGAUACGUCGUGGGAUGAUGUAAAUUCAAUUCUCUUUUCUAUAGGAAAGAUACACAAAUUGACAUGAAGUAUGACCCCAUAGGGCAGAGGAACGAUUUUCUUGGUUGAGCUUCAAUUUUGYGUGUUGAUUUUAGAUGCAGUGAGGUCAUUUUAAGGAAUUCACAAAACCAACUCAACGUAAAGAUCCAGAAUUAUGAGCCAUUAAAUCGCGUGUUGAGGAGAAGAGAUUAGGUAAUUAGGCACCUUCUAUCCUCUCACUCACUCCUAGAUAUGGACAGCUAUAAAUAGUCUACAAAUCUACUGGCUUUGGCUUGCUCUUAAGUUCUUCUCGGUGGCUCAUAGAGAUUAGCUUGAGGAGUACGCUGUCGUGAGCGACAAAWAAACACACUCCUCGUCUGAUCCAAGUACUGGAAGACUUCUAAGUUCCUGUUUUGGGUCUGGAAUCAGGACGAACACACUCUUCUUUCGGGACAUUUGAAGUUUAUAUUAAUGAGCGAGUUUCUGGUGGUGAAAUGAUAUAGACUUGAUAGACUGAACUAGCUGGUCUUCGCUGGUUGCGUUUCUCAGGAGAAAGUGCGCAUGCUGACAGAAAGACAGGAUAAGACAGACAAGAAAAAACGAGAAAGCUUCAGAUAAGAACAGCAUUAAAAGAACAAACCCUACAAAACUAGACCUCAAGAUACCUACCCGCCUUCUGGCUUACACCAACUUACAAAGUUUUUUUUGGAGGAGGAGAGGAAGAGGAAAGAUGAGCUUUUUCAAUACAUCGGAGAACUCGAUUACUGCGAUCAACUCGUCGAUGGAUAUAGCUACGAAUGCUACAUCUACACCCAAAGCGGAACAAUUCAUUGAACCACUGUGGUCUUCAAUCAUACGYUUCGUCCUGGCAUCAUUUAUAUUCAUUGUUGGUGUAAUUGGCAAUUGCCUGGUCUGUCUUGUAGUAUUCAAAAACCAUCGCAUGCAGACAGCAAUGAACAUGUUCUUGGUCAACCUGGCUAUCUGCGAUAUUUUCGUCUGUGUUUUCAACAUCAUCUUCACUGUUAUCUACUGGGAAAUGAAAUCCUGGCCCUAUGGUUUGGCGUGGUGUAAAAUACUACCCACUCUUCAAAUAAUGAACAUCUCUGCUUCAACCGGCUCCCUGGUCGCCAUGACAGUGGAGCGAUACAGAGCAAUAUGUAUGCCCAUGGCCUUACCUCUGUCUCGAGCACAAGCCAAGCUGGCCAUUGCCUUGGCCUGGAUCAUUGGAUUAUUUGUAGCAUUACCUGAACUUGGCGCCUACAAUCUCAAAGGGGAAUUUGGUUGCACAGAAGAUUGGCCGAUUGCAGUCCUUCAGAAAGUCUACUCAAUGUUUCUUUUCGUUGGUAUCUACGUGUUACCGUUGAUAUUCCUUUUGCCUGCAUACAUACACAUGAUAUACAAGUUAUGGGCAGUGGAGGAGAUCAAGUCGUCGCCUUGUGGUGUGACACAGGGUGACCCUCAGGCCUUGAAGAGAAGAAAAAAGGUCUUGAAAAUGAUGGCUAUUGUUGUAGCAUCCUAUGCUGUCUGCCUUAUGCCAUACCACAUUAUAUUCUUAUGGGUGGACUAUGGAUCAGGUUUAGAAGUGCAUUAUAUAUGGACUGUUCUUGCCUAUUGUCAGAUCAUUUCCUGGUUCAAUAGUUGUAUCAACCCCAUAAUUUACUGGUUUCUCAGCGAACAGUUCUCUAAAGAGUUCAAUAAAAUCCUUGGAUGCGAUCGAUUAAAGAUACGCAGGCGAUUCUCCUUUACACAUAGUUCAUCUGACCAGAACCAUUCAAUGGCGCCGGGUCACACUCUUCAGACAAAUACGAAUAAAGUAUAAGGGAAUAAAGAAAAGAAAAUGAAGAUGUUAUGUUCGUUUUGGAARAAAAAAAGUCCAACAUAGGUAUUGAUUUGAGAAAAGGAAUCUAGAUUUCAAAUUCCUGACUUCAGUCGCGCACCAUUGCCAACGGAGUUCAUUGAAAKCGCUUUGGAAUAUCAAGACACCUAACAGCUACGACACACUGAAGUGAAGCUUUGGCUUUCUGAAAGCCCAAUGUCUACCACAAUGGUUAAAAAAGAAGGCGUAUAAAUAUGCAAUUGGUGGCCAAAGAAGAGGUUAAUGAAAAUAAUACGAGUAUUUAUCACUGCCGUGUGAAAAAGAACGCUUUCACUCGAUGGAUUCAAAGAAAAAAUAAAAUAAAAUACACCCAAAAAAUUUAACGUUGCGUAAACGAAUUUCCUUGUGCAUCCAUCUUUAGAMUUGAAAUGUUUUUAAAAACUACUUGUAGUACUCUGGUAAUGCAGUAUUUAAUGUUUACUCUGAAUUGUAUCCGAGGACGAACACAGGCAUCGCCGUCUGGAAGACAAGGACACUAACGCUAUUCUUAAACUCGUCAACUGCAUGCGUAGAUGUUAGGAUGCCGGGGUUUAACUUCGAAUUACUCAGGUAUUGCGGUUUACAGGAUUUAAUCUGAUUGUAUGCGAAGAAACACACAGAGGCGUUGUUAUCUCGCUGUCAAGACUUUUAGAACUCUAUACGUACAUUCCUUAACUACACACGCAGAUGGUACUAUACUAAACUUCGAAGGUCAGCAAAGGAAACACUGUAAAUUAGUGCACGUAUUUGUACAUCGGUGCUGGURUAUUAUCUUUUUUAAGCAAGCAACAACAUUUAUACGAGCUAUAGAAUCAGCUGGUGAUGGGAGUAUUCUAGUGGAGACAAAGUACUAAGGAAAGCAAACGGCAAUUAUUACGGUCUCUUAAAUGCACUUUACAAUUUCAAGAUAUAGCCAGGAACGAGCUAAAGGGAUCAUGGCUUCUGCAUACUUAGAGGACACUGAAAUUGGUGGCAGAUGAAAUAUUACGCGGAUUACUUUGCUGUAUAAAGCAGAUUUCGUAAGAUGAAAACUUACUUUGCGGUCAUGCCAUGCGCCGCGCCGUGCCGUGCCGUGCCUGACGCUUUGACGAGACUAAAAUAGCAAGACUAACAGACCAAGCAACGAACGCAUUAACAUGUAUAGAAAUAAUGCUUGUCGCAGUUCACUGUGCAACAAUUCACCACAAUAAGAAAAUUUGGAUUAUCGAAGUUUUUAAAUGCGAAAUCCACAGUCCAAGAUAAAGAAUUCAGAUCCCACUAUGAAUUCAACCCAAAACAACUAUGUAGGGCGCGUUUGUUAUCAGUCAGCGUAGACAUUAAAACCGGGAAUUAAUAGGCCCCUUGCAUGUGACGUCAAAGCAGCUCAAUUUGGAUUGAAGAACAAGACAAAAGAAUUUCAAUCUCCUGAGAAUUGGAAACCUAUCGUUAUGUCUUCCAAAUUGAUCUGUAUUCCGACGUGCUGUGAGGGGCCUAUAGACAUCCUUGGCUCAGGCGUAACGUUUGAAUAAUUUUAGACCACGUGUCAUUCCCUAGAGUAUCAUUUCUUUGUUUAACGGUUGCGCAUGAAAAGACGCAUGAAUAUGGAUACAACUCAAACAAAGAAUCUUAUUCUCAAGACUACGUGUCACUCUCUAGAGUAUCAUUUCUUUGUUUAAUGGUUGCGCAUGAGAAGACACAUGAAUUUGGAUACAACUCAAACAAAAAAUUCUCGAGGGAAUGAAACCUGGUCUGAAAUGGGUAAUCAUUUAAUACGCGCAAGCUAAAAGAGUCUAUUGUAAUAAGUUGAACGUCUCCUUCAAACAAGAUGUUGAUAAUUC